AUGAAUCCUCACGCGUCGGCCUCGGAUCUCCCAGACACCGGAUCACAUUCAGGCGUUACGGUUGGAGAUAUGAUCGAUCUAGAAAUCGAUAUUGCGAAACUUGUCGACAAAUACGCGAUGGAUCGUAUUAACGAGAUUGCAACCGUAAUGGAAAGACAAUUCUUGCGAGGCCAGAAAGUGAUCGACCAGUCGGGAACUGGCCCGAAACUCGGUGAAAGAUCGCAGGAACCAAACGACGAUGAACUCGCUGCAAGUGUUCCCGCCGGAUUAGAUUACCAAGAAAUCGAUGAGGGUAUGAUCGACGACUUGACUAAGGGGACCGAAACCGACAACGGGGAAAAGGCCGCUGAGAUACUACGUUCCUGCAACGUUCCCACUUUGGACGACGAUAUCAGUUUUUUUCUCAGAGCCGACCCGAAAAGGCUGCGGAUCACGAAGGAGAUGGCUGAGCGGUACCGUUACUGGACCUCCCUUCGAAAUCCCACCACUGAAACUUGUAUUCUACAAACCCACUACCUCGCUCAUUCCUCGAUCAGCUAG